GGGGCAGGGCUGCAAAAUAUUAAGGCAGGUUUCCAAUGCCGGAGUAUUUUCUCAGGGUCCUGCUGUCUGCCUGUUGCCAGAAUUACAUCUGUCAGAAUUCAGGCUGUCUCAUUUUGCAGGUUUCUGGGCAAUGCCGUCAGCUAAAGCUAUCUCCGCCAGGCUCUCUUGAUGAGCAAUGAAUCGAAACGCCAUGGGGAGGCAAGUUCGGCUGCUUCUGUUGGUUGCUGUUUACUUCUUCCUUAAAGGCUGCUGCUGCUCAGAAGCCGAACACCGGCUCUACAAAGAACUGUUUGCAACUUACAAUAACAUUAUCAGGCCGGUGGAGAACGUGUCUGACCCGGUCAUUAUUUGGUUCGAGGUGUCCCUGUCUCAGCUGGUAAAGGUGGAUGAAGUGAACCAGAUUAUGGAGACCAAUUUAUGGUUGAGACAUAUCUGGAACGAUUACAAGCUCAAGUGGAAUCCAGAGGACUAUGGAGGCGUUCGUUUCAUCCGAGUGCCGUCACAAAAAAUCUGGAAGCCGGAUAUAGUGUUGUAUAACAAUGCUGUUGGAGACUUCCAGGUGGAUGACAAAACCAAGGCCAUACUAAAUUACACCGGUAACGUCACGUGGAUGCCCCCGGCUAUAUUUAAGAGCUCCUGCAAAAUAGACGUGACCUACUUCCCGUUCGACUACCAGAACUGCACCAUGAAAUUCGGAUCCUGGUCUUACGACAAAGCCGAGAUAGACUUGGUUCUGGUUGGCUCCACCAUGAACCUGAAGGACUACUGGGAGAGCGGAGAAUGGGCCAUUAUUAACGCGCCUGGCUAUAAACAUGACAUUAAGUACAACUGCUGCGAAGCCGUCUACCCCGAUAUCACCUAUUCGCUUUACAUCAGGCGGCUGCCCUUGUUCUACACCAUCAACAUGAUUAUCCCUUGCCUCCUCAUCUCCUUCUUGACCGUGUUGGUCUUCUACCUGCCUUCGGACUGCGGGGAGAAAGUAACGCUAUGCAUUUCGGUCCUUCUGUCGUUGACUGUGUUCCUCCUGGUGAUAACGGAGACCAUUCCUUCCACCUCGCUGGUCAUCCCACUGAUUGGGGAAUACCUCCUCUUCACCAUGAUAUUUGUCACUCUCUCGAUUGUCAUCACCGUCUUUGUGCUGAAUGUGCACUACAGGACUCCCAGAACGCACACGAUGCCCGAGUGGGUGAAGACCAUUUUCCUCAACUUUCUCCCCAGGAUCAUGUUCAUGACCAGGCCGACGGGCGAAGAAGGCAACAGCCCAAAGCGAAAGUCCUCUUACAGUGCGGAGCUCUCACACUUGAGCUGCCUCACCACCUCCGAAACCAAGUGCUGCAGGGAAGGGUUCCCGUGCCAGGAUGCGGCCUGCAGCUGUUGCCCGCACGUGAAAUACGUCAAAGUGGGCAGCAACCUGACCCAGAGCUCCAGCUGCGAAUCCGUGGACGCCCUGGUCCCCUUUUCGGUGCUGUCAAUGGAAAUGAGGGAGGCGAUCGAGAGCGUUAAGUACAUCGCGGAGAAUAUGAGGCUGCAGAAUGAAGCCAAAGAGACUCAAGAUGACUGGAAAUACGUCGCCAUGGUGAUUGACCGCAUUUUUCUGUGGGUUUUUAUUCUUGUGUGCAUUCUGGGCACAGCCGGAUUGUUUCUCCAGCCUCUGAUGGUUACAGAUGAAGUGUAAGACAAAACCCAUCCUGUAAAAAAACAAUAAUUUCUUGUUUGCUAUUCAAACUUCUUCAACACUGUCUUUACGCUAAAGUAGCUGUUUCUGUGUCUGUGAGUAGAAAAG